AUGAAUGGGAACUGGAAGGUGAAUGAGGAAGACAUCGAAAAAAUUAUUGCUGAAUACUUUGCUCACAUUUUCAAGUCUACCAAUCCGAGUGAGAGGGAGAUUGAUGAGGUUUUGGAGCAUUUUGAGCCGAGAGUUACGAGCGAAGCGAAUCAGAUGUUAUCCAUGCCUUUCACUGCUGAUGAGGUAACCCGUGCUAUUUCUCAAAUGGCCCCUUUAAAAUCUCCUGGCCCGGAUGGCCUUCCUGUUAUCUUUUAUACUAAAUAUUGGCAUAUCUUAGGGUCUAAUGUUAUUUCCUGCGUGUUAGAAUUUCUUAAUAAUAAGAGACUCCCUUCUGCCCUUAAUUUCACCUACAUUGUUCUUAUCCCUAAGGUGAAAAAACCGGAAAAAAUGACAGAGUAUAGACCUAUCAGUCUAUGCAAUGUGAUUUAUAAAUUCGGAUCAAAGGCUAUUGCUAAUCGUCUCAAACCGAUUCUUUAUGAUAUUAUUUCACCUACCCAAUCCGCUUUUGUUCCCAAACGUCUUAUCACCGAUAAUGUUCUCGUUGCUUACGAGAUCAAUCACUUCAUUAAGUCCAACUCUAGUAAUCGUAAUAAUUAUAUGACAGUCAAGUUAGACAUUAGUAAAGCAUACGAUCGGAUUGAAUGGUUAUUUUUGAGAAAAAUUCUUUGUCGUUUAUGUUUUUUGCCUGGGUUUGUUGAUCUUAUUAUGUUGUGUAUCUCUUCUGUCUCGUACUCAUUUCUCUUUAAUGGUUCACAAUUUGGCUCGCUUCGUCCAUCUAGAGGUAUUCGGCAAGGCGACCCUUUGUCCCCAUAUAUGUUUAUAUGUUGUGUAGAAGCUUUAAUUACUAUGGUUCAGAAGGCAGUCAAUGAAGGUAACUUUCAUGGAAUUAAAAUUGCUCCAUCAGCUCCCACAAUUUCCAAUUUGUGUUUCGCGGACGACACUCUUCUGUUUUGUAAAGCUUCUGAAGCCGAUGCGAUUACUAUGAAAAACAUUCUUGAUCAAUACGCAAGGAUUUCGGGACAAGAGAUUAAUUUUGAAAAGACUAAUGUGAGUUUUUGUCCAACAACUCCCGCGGCUUUGAAGGAGAGUAUUUGCAAUAUUUUGGGUUUCCAAGUGGUGGAUCGACAUGAAAGAUACUUAGGUAUGCCUGUCUCGAUGGGAAGAACAAGAAAAGAAAUAUUUAGUUUUCUUCGAGAUCGUAUUUGGGCACGUAUUAAAGGAUGGGGCGAGAAACAACUCUCAAAUUCCGGAAAAGAGGUUCUUAUUAAGGCUGUUUUGCAAGCAAUCCCGUCAUAUAUGAUGAGUUGCUUUAUGUUACCGGUGGGUCUCAUUAAUGAUCUGGAAUCGGCCAUCCGAAGAUUUUGGUGGGGAAAUGGAAAUGACAGGAAGAUGCCGUGGUUAGCGUGGAAUAGAAUGUGCAUGUCGAAAGCUGAUGGUGGUCUUGGAUUUCGGGAUUUGCGUAGUUUCAAUAUAGCAUUAUUAGCCAAACAAACCUGGAGAAUUUUAAAUUACCCUGACCUUCUAUUAUCCAAAAUUCUGAAAGCUCGUUAUUUCUCCAAUGGUGAAGUUCUCACGGCUGAAUUAGGUUCGCGGCCUUCAACGACUUGGCGGAGUUUAGUUAAGGCACGGUCUCAUCUGCUCAAAGGCUUAAGAAAGAGAAUUGGUGAUGGCUCAAGCACAUCUAUCUGGGCGGACCCAUGGCUCGGUGACGAUGGAAAUUUCAAAGUUAUUACUCGAAGACCUCUGCACUCGUGUUUCCCAGAUAGAGUCCAAGAUUUAAUUGACCAGACUUCAAAGUCGUGGGAUAUCUCGAUUAUUAAUGAGCAGUUUUGGCCAGUGGAUCGAGAACGUAUUCUGGCUAUACCGAUUGGAAGUUCAUAUGCAUCAGACAAAUGGAUUUGGCACUACACGAAGGACGGAAAAUUUACGGUUAAGUCGUGUUAUCAACUCGCCCUAGUAACAACACACAACUAUCAUGCUAAUAGGGGUCUAGCGAAUGAAUCGUCGAGUGGACUAUCAAGCAGAAGAUGGAGAAACAUAUGGCAUUUGGCACUUCCCCCGAAAAUUCGUAUGUUUCUUUGGAGGGCCUGUUCUGAUAUACUCCCCACACAAGCCGAGCUGUUUAGAAGAAAGAUUGCCACCUCUCCAAUGUGCAACCAUUGCGGGAGAGAGUGGGAGACACCUAUGCACGUCUUUCUCCGUUGUCGAGGAAUGGAAAAAAUAUGGAAGUCACACCCUUUUGGCAUUAUAGGGCAGCCAAAACCAGUGUCUAUGUGGGAUUGGAUAAUUCAAUGGCAGCAACAGUUAACAGAGGAUUCCUUUCUCUUGGCGGUCGUCGUAGUGUGGAAAGCUUGGGAGUCAAGAAAUCGAGAGAUGCAUGGAGAGCAAAGGAUGGCGACAGACGAGUUUAUUAGCUGGGGUCUGACUUUUCUCAAUUUGUAUCAACAAGCACAACUUCCUCGUACUCCCAUACAGCAACGCGCUCAUCCAACGGAAUGGAAACCGCCUCGAGAAGGAAUAAUUAAACUGAAUUUUGAUGCAGCUCUUCCAGCUGGUACAGACCAUUAUUCGGUGGCUGUGAUAGCUCGAGAUUGGCAGGGUCACUGUAUCAUUUGGGCAGCUAGAAGCUUUAGAGGCCGACCAAGGGCAGUCGAUUGUGAAGCUCAUGCUGCACUAUUCGCAUUGACUAGAGCCAAAGAGGAAAGUUGGCCAUCAAUUAUUCUGGAAGGAGAUUGCCUCAAAGUUGUCGAAGCUCUUCGAGGAGAGGAUGCUCAAUCAUCUCAUCUUAUAGCUAAAAAUUAUGGUGACUCUUGUAACGAAGGUUAUAAUCUUCCUUCAGAUUUGGCAAGAAUGGGUCCAAAAUCUGAUAAGGGUUUGGAUUUCGGCGAUAUGGUUAGUGACAAUCGAAAGAAAAUCAAAGCUUCAAGAAAAACUGCCAGAGAAAUAAUGAAAAAAAGAAAAGAAACGGCUAUAAUGUCCAUUAGAGAAGAAAGUAGGCACAUUCAUGACAUUGAUACUGAUAGUAGCAGCGAAAAUGAUGAUGAACAAGUUUCCCGAUACGCAAAUAAAGAAUAUCUAUCACAAAUGGAGAAGAAACAAUUACGGAAUGCAAUGAGAGAAAGUCGAAAGCAAGCUUUCGACGAAGAUGAGCGUAUGCGAUAUGAUGACGGGCAUACUGGUGGUACUUCUCGAGGUCAAACAUCUGGUACGAAACGAGGAAUAUUUCGUAGCUCCAGCGUAAGAGAAGGACCUAAGAAGUCUUCAAGUGGGGUAGAUCCUUUCAUGUUCCCGUCAAAACAAAAAAGUCUCAAACAAUUUUUCGCUCUUAAAAAAAUCAAAGAAGUUGUCAUUGAUGAGAUAGGAGAGCAGAAUGUUGUACAAGUUGUUACAGACAGUGAAGCUUCGAACAAAGCUGCUGGGAAAAAGGUUGAUGCUGGAAAGACCACAUAUAUUUUGUCGUACACAAAAGAUCGAGAGUUGUUAAGGCCAGGAAUUACAAGAUUUGCAACAGUGUUUAUUGCUAUUGAAAGUCUUGUUCGACAUUCUAUGGAGUUGAAGAGAAUGUGUACGAAUCCUGAAGCCCCAGAAGUUUGUUCAUUAAUGGAACCACUUGGGAAGGUUCUAAAACUGGUAGAUCAAGAUAAAAAGGCCACAUUACCAAUUGCUUAUGAAGCUAUGGAUAGGGCGAAAAUGGCAAUCAAAGAGACAGUUAAAGAUUGGCAAACUUAUUGA